UUGCAGAUUUUUCAAAGUGGGGGUUUUGGUUUGCUGGCUGUCAUUGCCCAGGCAGUCAUAUUCAUACAGCAUGGAAACAAACCCUUUGGUCCAACUCGUCAGUGCCGACCAUACAUCCCAAUCUGACCUAGUCCCAUUUGUCAGCAUUUGACCAAUAUCUGUCUAAACCCUUCCUAUUCAGAAACCCAACCAGAUGCCUUUUAAAUGUUAUAAUUGUGCCCAUCUCCACCACUGCUUCUGGCAGUUCAUUGCAUAAGUGCACCAUCCUCUCUGUAAAAGGUCCCCCGCAGGUCCCUUUUAAAUUUCCCCCUCUCACUUUAAACGUAUGCCCUCUAGUUUUGGACACCUUUACUCUGGGGAAAUAGACCAUGAGUAUUCAUCCUAUCCAUGGGCCUCGUGAUUUUAUAAACUCCUAAAAAGGUUACCCCUCAGUUUCCAACAGUAUUCGCAGUAUUCUAAAAGUGGUCUCACUAAUGUCCUCUACAGCAGCAACACAACAUCCCAACUCCUAUUAUCAGUGCACUGAUCAAUGAAGGCAAGCGUGCCAAACACUACCUUCAACAUCCUGUCUACUUGCGACUCCACUUCCAAGGAACUAUGCACCUGUACUCUGAGGUCUGUUUGUUCGGAAGCACUCUCCAGAGAAACCCUAUCAUUAACUGUAUAAGUACUGUCCUGGUUUCCCUCUCCAAAAUGCAAAACCUCCCAUUUAUCUAAAUUAAACUCUAUCUGGCACUCCUUGGCCCAUCUGAUCAAGGUCCUGUUGUACUGUGAGAUAAUGUUCUUUACUGUCCACCACACCACUGAUUUUGGUGUCAUCUGCAAUCUUACUAAUCAUACCUCCUAAAUCAUAUCCAAAUCAUUUACAUAACUGAUGAAAAGCAGUGGACUAGCACUGAUCUCUGCAGCAUAUCACUGGUCAUAGGCUUCCAAUCCAAAAAAACAACCCUCUGUCUCCUACCUUCAAGCCAAUCUUGUAUCUAAUUGGCUAACACCCCCUGGAUAUCAUGUGAACCCGUUUACCAUAUGGAACCUUGUCAAACACCUUGCUGAAGUCCAGAUAGACAAUAUCUACCACUCUACCUUCAUCAAUCUUUGUCACCUCUUCAAAAAAUUGAAUCAAGUUAGUCAGUCAUGAUUACCCAUACACAAAGCCAUGUUGACUAUUCCUAAUCAGUCCUUGUCAAAUGCAUGUAACUCCUGUCUUUCAAGAAGUCCCCUCCAAUAACUACCCCACCACUGACAUCAGGCUCACUGGUCUACAUUUCCCUGGCGUUUCCUUACUACUAAUAAUGGCACCACGUUAUCCAACCUCCAGGUCUUCUGCCACCUCACGUGUGGCUAUCCAUGAUACAAAUAUCUCCGCAAGGGGCACAGCAAUCUCCUCUUUAGUUUCCCACAAAGAUCUGGGAAACACCUGAUCAGAUCCUUGGGAUUUAUCCACUCUAAUGUGCUUUAAGACAUCCAGCACCACCAUCUCUGUAAUAUGGAUACUUCUCAAGAUAAUUGUGGUAGAUCAAUACAAUAUCCAGAAGACGACUUGCUCUGUAAAGAAUCAGAAGAUCAUCUUUUACCCACCAGUGGGUUGAUGACAACCAAAAAUAAAAAUGAAGCCGAAAGUAAUAUGAAGGGACAACAGAUGAACAGUAAUUUUUCACACUCUGUAGACAUUCAGCACCGUACAGACAUCAGAGAUACCAAAGGGCACAUUUGCAGUAUUUGUGGGAGUACAUUAAGCUGUAGAAGUUCACUGGAUAAGCACGUGUUGAUCCAUACUAGCAAGAAACCAUAUCACUGUGCAGUGUGUGGGCAGCCACUUGCAGCAAAGGACCAUGUGCAAAGUGUGAAGUUGCCAGAGGGACAAUCUGAUAUCAGUGAUAACAUGGAGAGGACUUCUAUACCUGAAGAAGCAGGACCGUUCUGGAAUUCCAUGGUAGCUGCGGGGAUGCUGUUUGUUUGUGAAACGUGUGUUGCUUGCAGAAAUUUUUUUGAGGCUCAAGAGACUUCAGUCCAUAAGUGGAUGGCCCGGAGACAGAAUGAACCUCUGCAUGUUCGUUUGCAAAGACUAGAGCGUGAACGGACUGCAAAAAGGCUUAAACGUGCUAAUGAAUCAGCAGAUGAAAGGGAGAUGAGGAGGCUGAGAGAUCGUGAGGCCAAGCGUCUUCAAAGAAUGCAGGAAUCGGAAGACCAGAGGGCAAGAAGGUUACAACGUGAAAGAGAAGCUAUGAGAUUGAAAAGGGCGAAUGAGACUCCGGAAAAACGGCAAGCAAGGCUCGUAAGAGAGAGGGAAGCAAAACGGAUAAAAAGACAUCUGCAGAAGUUAAACCCUAGUCUAUCGGUUCAUAUUUCUCAGAAAUCAACACCAGAAAUGAGCUCAUUCCAGCUUCAUGUCGCUUGCCCCAAUCUAUAAAAUAAAUAUGUAGUUCAGAAAAUUUGACUUUAUUUUUGUUCUGAAAUAAAAUUUACCCAGGGUUCCAUCCAAUAUGAGAUAUGAUCCUAUGACAUGCAUUGGAAAUAUGGUAAUGGUGUGGAAUGGAAAUACAAAAUAAGCAAGUUCUUUUAGCUGUGUAGUUACACAGUCAGCUGUAACUUUCAUAAAACUUUACAGAGUCACAGUUGUGAAAAACCAAUGAUCUCAAACUCCAGUGAACCUCUGUUCUUUGUGUAAUUCUUUUGACUGGAAUUGUGUGGUUCAUUUUCUUAACUGUUAUACGAAAUUAUUUUACUGCACUUUUUCAAAAAAAAAAGCAUUCUCUAAAUGUUGUGUUGAAUUCUUCCUCUACUGUUCCUCAGGUUUUGGCGGGGAUAUUUCACAGUAAGAUCACAGAAGGCAAAUGAUAUUUCAGCUUUACAGCAAGUUUGGUGGACAUGAUCUUAGCUUUAGAUAACAAUGUGUUUUGACAUUCACAUAUAUGAUCAGCUGUGUGCACUGCUCAAUUCUAUGAGCUAAUUUGUAAACAAAAAUUGGACUUUUGAGAAUGAGGCAUCUUUUGCAGUUUUACUUUUAGCUGUCAUCGAUGUCUAUAUUCAGUGCAAUUAUUUUUGAGUACCAUCACAGCAGGAAAUUUGCACAAGGACAAAACUUUUUAUUAGCCUGAUGUAUUGAAUUGCUGUGGUUUACUGGCAAUCGAUAGUGAAGAGUUGAUUCAACUCUUCAAUACUAUUAAUACAAUUAUGCUUUGAAUGUGAUAAAUGUUGACAGCAACAUUGAAAACAUGUACUGUGGUCGGCAUCACAACCAUGAUUGAGUUGUAUCUUUCUUACACUUUAAUUGUAUGCACAUUUAUGUGAACCUUUUCAUUUUUUUUCACAAGACCCUUGAUCCUGCGCAAGAAACCUGCUUCAUCAUGUAAUGACUUGAGCAUCAAGAUGCCAAAAUACUUUAUUAAAUGGACAAUGGAUAGGUACGUUCUGUGGUGGUGUGCCGAGCGACACAGGAAUAUCCUAGAUCUAAAGGUAACAUUCUGCAGAUGCCGAAAAUCUUAAAAUAAAAACAGGUAGGCAUAUCCCUAGUUUGUACUGAGUUAGUUGACCACCACUAGUUUCAGUAAAUAGCAAUUGACCGUGUUGUUUCUGACUGGGAAAUCUUGGGUGAGGAUCCUUUGGAAUCUGGAAAGGACCAUAUUAGAUUCAGCCAUGAUGCUGCUGCACAAUGUUCAGUUACACACGGUUGUACCUCUCUGUAGUGAACUAACCAGCAAAAGGGAGAACUUAAGGGAGUAGUUACUUGCAUGCCAAAGAAACAAUCUUUCUAACUAGUUUAAUGUUUCCCCCCAAGAUGUUUUAUAAAUAUUCAUAUUUUAAUAUUUAUUAUGAUGAGAAGAUGAGUUUAGAUAGAAUAUGGCUUUUAACUUCAGUAAAGACUCCUCCACCGUGACUAAAUUAUCAGAAUGCUUAUCUGACAUCCGGUACUGGUUGAGCAGAACUGUCUUCCAGUAUUGGGAAGACUGAAGUCAUUGUUUUAGGUCCCCACUCCAAAACUCUGUUCCCUUGCUACUGAUUCCAUCAGCUCCUUAGCAACAGUAUGAAAUUGAAGCACUCUAUUCACAACCGCAGUAUCACAUUUGAUCCAAAAUGAGCUUCUGACCUUCCAUUCCUGUCAUUUGUCAACAUUCCUGGACAGCACCCUGUCUUAGCUCACCUGCUGCUAAAACCCUCAUUCAUGUCUGAGUUGUUGCCUGAUUCACCUAUUCCAUUGCACACUUGACCAACCUCUCACAUUUUGCCCUUUGUAAACUUGAGGUCAUCAAAAACUCUGCUUCCUGUGUAUUGACUAGGACCAAGCUCCCCUAUAAUCCUGUGUUCAUUCACCAAUAUUAGUUCCUGAUGAAGUAACAUUUUGUAUUUCAAAUUUUCAUCCUUGUUGCCAGUACGGAAGUUAGAGAGCAAGUUAAAGAGACAAAGCAGGCAAGAGCACGUCAGGAAACAAGGGAAGACUGAUGAAUUAAACUGCAUUUAUUUUAAUGCAAGACACCUGACUGGUAAGGCAGAUGAACUGAGGGCAUGGAUGGGAACAAGGGACAGGGAAAGAUGGCUGAGCGAUGGACAGGACUAACAGCACAAUGUUGCAGGGCACAGAUGCUACAUGAAAGAUAUAAGGGGAAGGAGGGUUCUUCCAUUCAUAAAGACUCACUGAUCCCCCAGGAACGGACAGCACGGUGUCUCAGUGGUUAGCACUGCAGCCUCACAGAACCAGGGACCCGGGUUCGAUUCCACGCUUGGGCGACUGUGUGGAGUUUGCGCAUUCUCCCUGUGUCUGCAUGGGUUUCCUCCGGUUGCUCCAGUGUCCUCCCACAGUCCAAAGAUGUGCAGAUUAGGUGGAUUGGAUAUGCUAAAUUGUCCAUAGUGUUCAGGGAUGAUUAGGAGGGUUACAGGGGGGUGGAUUUAGGUGGAAUGGUGAGUGUCAGUGUGGACUUGUUGGGCUGAAGGGCCUGUUUCCAUAGGGUAGGGAUUCUAUGAAAAUACUGCUAUGGCCCCAUUACUGCCUAUCUUUGUUAUGUCCAAAACCACGACCUUUUGAGAGAUCUUUGCUCCUGUAAUUCUGACCCCUUGUGUAUACACAGUUCUAAUUGUUAUAGCAUUGAAAUUCAUAUCUGCACUGUCUAGGUCCUAACAUCAGAAAUACCGUGCAUGUCUACUCUCUGCCUUCUUUGAGACACUACUUCAAAUAAACCUUACUGAUUAUGCUUUAGGCCACCUGAUCUAAUCUCUUUGCAGCUCAGUGUCACAUUUUGUAAAGCCACAUUGUGCAGCUUGGGCAUUUCAUGAUGUUGAAGAUGCUACAUAACUUAUUGAAAACAGACCAAAAUUCCAGUAAUUCCAUCUUCCUAUAAAGAACUGAUGCUAGUUUCUAUUAUAUGUCCGUCAGAUGGUUUGUACUGUACCAUAUUGCUCAGGAUAAUUUUGUACUAACAAUUUUACAUUAAUUUGCACAAGUUUGAUAUGUGCAGGUGACAUGAAACUUGGAAGUUUUGCAAAUAGUGAGGAAGAUAGUAAUAGACUUCAAUUUGAUAGGCUGGUGGAAUGGGCAGACAUGGCAAAUGAAAUUCAAUGCGGAGAAGUGUAAGGUGCGAUACAUUUUGUAGGCAGUAUUACAGAUGAGAUAGCUAGGAGUGUCCAUGCACAGAUCUUUGAAUGUGGCAAGACAGAUUAACAAAGCAGCUAAUAAAACACAUAGGGCCCUGUGCUUAAUAGAAGCAUGACGUACAAAAGCUAGGAAAUUAUGCAACCCUACUGUUAGAGUUAGAACUAUACUUCCAGAUACUAUAUUGUAAGAAACCCAUGAAGCUUGGAAAGUUUACAGAUGAGAUUUUCCCAGAACGAAUUUCAGGCAUGAAGGUUGCAUUUACAUGAACAGAAUGGAGAAGGUGGCAUUCACCUUGGAGCAGAAAAGAAAGGAAAUUUAAUAGAGGUGUAUAAAAUCAUUAAGGUUUAAACGACGUAAAUAUUUUCUUUUCUCUAGCAGAAAGGUUGUGAACUGGAAGACACAUAUUUAAAUGUGAUUGGCAGAAGAAUCAGAGACAAUAUGAGGAAAAGUUUUCUUGCACAGUAAGUUAAGUGCACUGUCUGGUAGGUGACCAGUGAACUUGUAUCCAGUGUGCAUACAGUUGAAAGAGAAUGUGACUGCGAUAUGAGGAGGGAACUGGGGAAUGGAACUAACAGGGCUGUUUAUCAAAUGACCUCACACAGACCUGAUGGGUCAAAUGUCUGCCUCCUGUGCUCUUCUAUUGUACAGUUUUUAUUUUAUGCCUUUUUAGUUUACCUUUUUUUAAAAAAAAACUGAAUCAAAUUGUGUCCAUUCAAAAAUGUUUCCUUUCCUUGCACAACUUAAUCCAAGCUCUAGAUUUUGUGCUAACAUUAAAUAGAAAAGCUUAAAUAUUUGAAAUGUUUAUUACAUGCAGAGAAUUUCAUCUAUUGGUUUAUAAUCUGCAUCAUUAUUGAAAACAUCGAUCCUUCAGAAUAAGCAACUGAAGUAAUUACAUUGAUUCUAAACUUCUGACUACCUAUCUCUCGCUGUAUCAUCUUUUCUUGUUCCUUUCUUGCAGGCUGAUUAUGAUUUAAGUUACUCUACCUAUAGUAUUUCCUUUCUUAUAUAUUUGAUUUUUAUAUAGACAGUAUCCCUCAAGUUCUUCACCUUAGGUUCAUGAUUUAAUUAAUUGCUGAGAAAAGACACACCUGAGCUUUCCGUUUUGCAAGAAUAUCAGUGCAAAGGGAAAACAGGUUGGCCGUGAACAACGGGUGAGUGCGGGUCAUUGGCAAAUGUGCUCAGAGUCCACUUGCCAACCAAUCAACAUUCUCCUCUCAUACAGUAUACCAGAUGUUUUUGUUUACAUUGAUAUUCCCUGGUGUUCUGAUGAGAGCAAGACAGAAAGCUUAAGACAAACCAUCUGUUUGCAGCAACUGAAGGUCUGUACUACAAACUGACAAUUUCGCUAAUGUUAAAAUCUGAAUCAACAGUAACUCUGUUUGUGCAAAGAGGAAGAUCAAGUUUUUGAAUGGAUUCAGAAAUCUGGCAAGACAAAGUAAAAAAUGAAAUUUCUGCCAAGGCACUCAGUUUAAUUUUGAGCCAUGGUUUUGCUGAUGUUAAUUGCCCUUUAUGCAAAAAUUAUUCUACUUGGAACAUUUCUAGUUUUAACUGUUAACAGACUAUGUCUACAUGUGUUUUUUGUUUUAUGUGGUUUCUUUUUUUAAAGAAAUAGCCUGGAACUUAAAAUAUUCAAGACCUCUUACAAUAUGUGCUGUCUUUGUAUGAAUGCUGAUGUCCGUAGAGUUUGAUUUUUAAGAAUCUGAAACAAAAACAGAUUUUUGUCUUGAUCUAAUUUCUUGCAUAAAGGGAAGAAAAAGCAACUUUGGAUAUUGUGCAUGUAAUUAUCUUUGUUCUUUAUUCAUGGAAAUGUGUCUGCUGUAGCACACAGGAAACUAUACCCCAUACCCUUGGACUGUGACACUGUUCUGGACUCCCUGGUCAUUGGGAACAUCCUUCUUGCUUUUAUCUGUCUAGUCCUGUUAGAAUUUUAUAGUUUUCUGAGAUUCACUGCUCGUUCUUCUAAACUCCAGUGAAUAUAGUCCUAACUGAUCCAGUCUCUCUCUAUACGUCUGUCCUGCCAUCGCAGGAAUCACUCCCCCCUGUAGAUUAUUCCAUGGAUGAGAAGACUAAAACUGUGCACAAUAUUGCAGACAUUUAUAUAGUCACAAAAGCCAAAUACAAUUUCAGCAAGACAUCCCUGUUCUGAACUCAAAUUCUCUCCUUAUGAAGGGAAACAUACUGUUUUUUGUCAUUCAAUCUUUUGUCAUUCAAAUAAUAACCUCUCUUCCUGUGUUUUCUGUCAAAGUGGGUACCUUCAUGUUUAUCUGCAUUAUACUUAACCUGCCAUGUAUUUGCCCAUUCAUUCAACUUGUCCAAAUCACCCUGAAGCAUUUCUGCAUCAUCCUUACAGCCAACACACACACAUCCAGCUUUAAACAUCUACAAACCUGGAGAUAUUACAUUUCGUUCCACCCUCUAAAUAUUAAUGUAUUGUAAAUAGCUUUUUGAUAAACAGGGGCUCCAUUUUCAUUCUGAUUAACUCAGUCUGUUAGGUGGAGUCAUGUAAUCACAAUACUUUGUCAUUAACAUUUGCAGGAUUUGCGUUUGCUCAGAAGCAGGAUUAGAAUUAUUAGCACACUCGGUAAGCAAAAGCCCUCCCAUGUUUUAGGCACAAUAUUUAAAUUGAUGCAAUAUAUAACCAGCCCCAUGGAAUUCUAGUUAAGAAUUUGGAUUUUUUAAAUUGACCUGUUCAGACAUAUGAAAACUCAUACCUAAGACUUGCUGAGAUCAUAAAUUAUAAAACUUAAGAAUCUUCAAACCUUGAGUUAACAGGCAAGAGGUCAGUGUUAGGCUGACUGUAAUAUCACACAUCCAGGACUGAUGAGAUGAAAGGAGAUGGCCUGUUUAUUGAUGAGGAUACAUGAUGCAAAUGAUCAAUGACAAAUGGACUGUGAGAAGAAGUAAAAACAUUUUAAAGAACUAUGAAGAUUAAGACUAUAAAUUCCAAUGUCUACUUUGUCUUGGGGCAAAACCUUGAAGAAAGACUGCCAAUGCCAGUGUGUCUCCAGCAAAUGCUUGUAAAUAAAGUUUUUAAAUUGCUGAA